GUUUUGUCUGGUUCAGGCUGAGCGAUGGACUCCGGCGGGUCGAUGGCGGUGGCGGCGCUCGGUCGGCCUUUCUCCCUGGGGAUGCUGUACGACUGUCGCAGAGAUCUACUAGUGCCCGGAAUAACAUUGUGGGACCGCGAUGACCUGAAAAAAGAUAUUGGAGAAAGACCCCAGAACUCUAAUGAUUUUGAGAUAGUUGCAUCUGAAUCAAUUGAGGAUAAAUCUUCAGCACUAAAUGUUGAAGCUUCUCUGAAAGCAAGUUUCUUAAGUGGACUGGUUGAGGUGGAGGGAUCGGCCAAAUACCUGAAUGAUCACAAGACAUCCAGAAAUCAGGCCAGAGUAACACUGAAGUACAAGGCUACCACUAAGUUCCAGGAACUGUCCAUGAACCAUCUCGGAAGAGACAAUGUGAAACAUCCGUAUGUUUUUGACAAAGGAAUAGCAACACAUGUAGUCACAGGUAUUCUUUAUGGAGCACAAGCCUUCUUUGUGUUUGAUCGUGAGAUGUCAGAAAGAGAAGAUCUUCAGGACGUUCAAGGCAACUUGAAAGUGAUGAUCAAGAAGAUCAAAUGCAUCUCUAUAGAGGGAGAAGGUUCCCUGAACAUGGAAGACAAAGAUAAGGCAAAUGUGGAGAAGCUUUCUUGCAAAUUCCACGGAGACUUUUCUCUGGAAAAGAAUCCUGUGUCCUUUCAGGAUGCUGUACAGGUCUAUCAAAGCCUGCCAACACUACUGGGACCCAAUGGGGAAAAAGCAGUUCCAGUGAAAGUCUGGCUGUUGCCAUUGACAAUCUUAGAUUCUACUGCUGCUCAACUUGUUCGUCAGAUAAGUGUAGGAUUAGUUCAGAAAGCACAGACAGUCCUGGAGGACUUCAGUGAGCUGGAGAUGAGGUGCAACGAUGCCAUGAAAACAACAACAGCACAGCAGUUUCCUCAGAUUGGCACAAAACUUAAACAUUUUAAAGAAAUGUGCUCUGUGUUCAAACUAGAAUUCCAACGAGAUUUAUCAGUGAAACUUCCAUCUAUACGAGGAGGAGGUGAAGAGGAGGCUGUGCUUGCAGAGAUACUGAUGAAGAGACAUUCAUCUCCGUUCAACAGCAGAAACCUGACUGAGUGGAUGGACUGUAAAGAGAGAGAAAUCGACACCUUAAGAUCUUUCACCGACACAAUGAAAAACACAAAGAUUGUUCCAUCACAAAAUCAUCUGUACAAGGAAACUCUCAAUACAAAGCAUGCUGUGUGUUUUGUUUUCACCUCACUGGGAGAUGCUGAGUCGUUCCUCUCAACUUCAUCAAACUAUUCACCAUCAGAACCAACCAAACCAGACCAGACUCAAGCUCAGCAGCAGUGGUUCACCUCACAAGACAUUGCAAAUGAAAUGAGGAAACAAGCAAAGCUCUUCAGUGAUUUUGCAGAGGCCAACAAGGAGAACAUGAACAUAAAGUUCCUCAUGGUGGGUUUGACAAAUGAGACAGAAAAAGGUUCAAGCAUCUACCUUUAUAAAGACGGCUUCUCUGUAAAUGAGAACUUUCAACCACCUUCAAAGCCUGAAAGUGUGAAAGCAAGUGACAUAAACCACAACAGUGUGACCCUGAAGAUCUCUCCACCCAGAUUUGGAGCCGAGAACAUCACCUCCUACUCUGUUGAGUACUGUGUCCAUGGAGAGGAUGGAUGGCAACAGAAGACGGCGUCAAAGGAUGGAGACGUCACAGCGAGCGACCUGAGUCCUAACACAGAGUAUGUGUUCAGAUGCAGAGCUGUCACCUCAGUAGGUGUUGGACCAGUCAACGAGGUCAGUGGAACCAUUAGAACUCUGCCCUGCAGCCCUCCUGGAGAACCUCGAGUUGAACCAAACUCAAGUGAGAUAACCGUUAGCUGGCAGAGACCUGCUGAGCUUGGACAAGAUGUCCACGUUCUGAGCUACAUCGUGGAGUACGCCCAAGCAGACAAAGUGGGGAAAGGAGAAGAUCUCCAGUGGAACCGAACAAUGUCAGGAGCUGAUAAGGUGAUCAUAUCAGAGCUUCAGUCAGAGACAGAGUAUGUUGUCAGGGUCACAUGUGACUGUGGUGGAGCUGGCAGAAGCAAGAAGAGCAUCUCUGUGAACGUCUGCACAAAGAAUGUUAAACCAGAACGCUCUCAGCGACUAGCGGACGCCGUUAGAGAUGAAAGCAAACUGCUGAAACCUCAGUCAGGAUCUCUCCCUGUUUAUAAAAUCCCCCUGAAAGAGGAGAACAUCACUGUGAACGGGUGCAAACGUUUCCGCUUCGGGAAAGAGUCCCUUGAUCGUAAUCGCACCAUAAUGGUUCUCGGAGCAACUGGUGCUGGCAAAUCAACUCUUAUCAACGGGAUGAUUAAUUAUGUUCUCGGUGUUGAGUGGAACGAUCCCUAUCGGUUUAAGUUAGUAGAUGAGGGUCAGUCCACCUCACCAGGUCACAGCCAGACUACUAAAGUCACUGUGUACAAACUCAACCAUCGGGCCGGCUUUAAAAUUCAGAACUCGCUCACUAUUGUUGACACUCCAGGCUUUGGAGAUACGAGAGGUAUCGAAAAGGACAAGUUGAUCGUAGAGCAGCUUCGUAAACUCUUCUCUGCGAAGGGUGGUGUCAGUGAAAUCGAUGCUGUGUGUUUCGUAGCUCAGGCUUCUUUAGCACGACUCACAUCAACACAGAAAUACGUGUUUGACUCAGUGCUCUCCAUCUUCGGCAAAGACGUGGCAGAAAACAUCCGGAUUCUGGUGACAUUUGCAGACGUCAAGCGUCCACCAGUUCUGGAGGCGAUCAACGAGGCGGAUGUCCCGUGUCCGAAAACCAAAGAAGGACUGCCAGUUAUCUUGAAGUUCAAUAACUCAGCGUUGUUUGCAAAAAACAAAUCGUGUGCAGCAAAGAGCUCGAGUGAGAAAGAUGACGAGGGAGACUUGUCUUGGAACAUGGGGAUAAAAAGCAUGAGGAAGUUUUUCACUGCUUUGAAUGUGAUGACGACCAAAAGCUUGACGAUGACAAAGGACGUCCUCAGAGAAAGAGAGCAGCUCGAGAUCUCAGUUCAGAGUUUGCAGAAGCAGGUUAAAAUUGGGUUAGACAAGCUGGAGAAAUCACAACUGAAAGAUCACGAGGCAGAGAUCAGCAGAAACAAGAAUGUUGUGACCGAACGCAAAGUCACUAAGGUUUUUAAAUAUGAUAAUUCUGGUUCUGGAUCUUUCAUCAUGAACUGUCAGCAGUGUAACUUUACCUGUCAUGACAAUUGUAGUACUGCAAAUGAUAAAGAUAAAAAACGCUGUAGGGCAAUGGGGCCAGAUGGGUACUGUACUCAGUGCCCAGGCAAAUGUAUUUGGAGUGUACAUUUUAAUCAGGAGAACCGAUGGGAGUACAAGGAAGUCAUAGAAACAGUAACGGUAAAACAGCUGGAAGCAAAGUACCUGAAAGCCACCGAGGCUGCAAUGCCUGUGAAGGCACUGAUUGACAGCCUGAAGUCUGAGUACGACCUUGUGCAGGUUGAGGUGAUGAAAGUGAUGCGUGACUCUGUCAAGUGUUUAAACAGACUUAAAGACAUCGCACUGAGGCCAAACCCUCUGUCCACUGCAGAGUACAUUGACAUGCUCAUAGCAGGAGAGAAAGCUGAGGCCAAGCCGGGCUGGAAGAAACGAGUCCAGUGUCUGAUAGACAUGAGAAGACAAGCAGAGAUCAUUGCUAAAGUGGACAGAGGAGAACAACUCCUCUAG